AUGGAUUUCAUCACGGUUGAGCGUGAGGCGAAACUUCGGCGGCCGCGAGAUCCAUCUGACCAUAGUACCAGUUGUGGCGGCGACGACGACAGCCCAAUCAGCCAUCUCAGCGACGAUGUUCUCGUCCACGUCCUCGGCUUCCUGCCCACAGCCACCGAUCUGAUGCGCGCAUGCGCGGUCUCGCGGUGGUGGUGCCGCCUCGGGGCGCGUGUCCCUCUCCUCCGCUUCCUCUGCAUCGACCGUGCGUUUGAUCGGCAGGAGACACUCGAUCGGUUCGUCGCUUUCAUCAACAAUGUUCUUACCCGGCGUGCAGCUGGCCAAUCUGAUGCCGGUGUCGAGGAGCUGACCAUCUCCCUAAAAUCUGGCAUGUCGUCCGUCGACGUCGCCGAAGUCGAUGCUUGGAUUCGGUAUGGUAUGCAGCAUGUGUCGAACACUUUCACCUUGGAACUUAAUAUUCCAUUGAGGUCAGGCAACAACAGCAACCACCGCUACCUCGACGACGACGAGGACGACGACGACGACAACAACGGCAUGAUCUUGGCUGAGCUUCCUAGCUCACCAAGAUUGAAGAGCGUGAUGUUGUCGUUAAGCAAUGCUCGUCUCCGGCUCCCCACCGCCGCAGCGUUUGAUUCUCUCGUGGAUCUCUCGCUCGAGAAUGUGCGGCUUGAGGACAACAGCAUCCACCUCCUGAAUCGCCUCUUGUCACCAGCAUGCUGCCCGCGUUUGCAGAGGCUACGCUUCAAUAAACUGACAGUGGGUCGACAGGUAGAAGAGUUGCAUCUUGAGUCCGACGAGCUCUUGGAGUUGUCGUUGAAUUGCAUCAGCAGAUGUAUAACUUUGUCGCUGCAGAUCAAGACUCCCAGGCUCCGUGUUUUCCACAUGAGAUACACCUCGCUCAUAGGGAAGUUGACAAUCUCCGCGCCGAGGCUAGAGGAGUUCAUACUCCCCUACACGGGGAGGGUUUCCGUAAUCAACGUCGAGGAUAUGCCGUGUGUCCGGGUCCUCGAGAUUGAUCUGUGGUUACUAGGAGGAUCUCAAUAUGAAAAAAAAAAGCUCCACGAUCUGGCGCGGACAGUGCCGGCGACGCUCAUGCAAGUCGGCUCCGGGAUGGAAGCCGUCAGGAAGAUCCAGGUCGCCCACAGGAAGAUCCAAGGGCGCGCUGGUUUGAUGCGCAACAUACGCUUCGGGAUGCCGGCGGCCAUCGCCAUGAGCCUCUUCGACGACCCGGCCCCCGUCGGAGUUUGCCCCACCGUGACCCUCGAGGAGGCCCGCUGCGAGAUCUCGCGGGGCGCCGCUCGCCACGCGAUGGCCGACCACGUCUUCGUUCGCUACGUCGAGCUCCUCGGCAUCCAGCACGAGCCGCCGUGCACCAGCAGGGACACCCACCACCGGGAGGCCAUCCGCUUCACCGCCAUGGCCCUGGAGAAGGUCAGGGAAGCCGCGUCGCUUGCAGAGGCGGCCAAGGACGCCGUCGACAUCGCCGAGACGCUCCUCCCGCAGCCCGAGCUGAAGACGGAGUGGGCGUUGGCGGCCCAGGACCUCGCGGAACGCGCCGACUACGAAGCCACCCAGGCGCUGGAGUUUGUGAAACGGGCGCGCGACGUCGUCGCUCUCGAGUUCUUCGACACCUGGAAGAUUCUGCGUCGCGGGAGAGCUCGAUCGGCGGAGAUGAAGGAGUGGAGAGAGCUAGCGCUGAAAGUGCCGGGAACCAUCAUGCUCAUCGGCGACGCCGAGCUGGAAACCCUCGAGUUGAUCCAAGCCGCCGUCAGCAAGUUCCAGAAGCAUGUCGAGUUGCUGCAAGAGGUACGCCAUGGGACGGCGACGGCCACCGCCGUCGACAACUUCACCGACCCGGACCCCGAGGGAGCCUUGCCCACCGAGCUCCUCGAGAACGCACGCCGCGGGAUGUCCAAGAGCGCCGUUCGCCAUGCGAAGGCCCACCACAUCUUCGCUCGCUACGCCGCGUUCCUCGGCAUCCAAGGCGACGAGGAGUACCGCAGCUGGGACAACAAGCACCAGGAAGCCGCCGGCAGCAUGGUCGCGGCGCUGAAGAAAGUCAUCGACGCCGUCUCGGAUGCUGAGGCAGCCAAGGACGCCGUCGCCAUGGUCGGGAUCCUCCCCUACCAGUGCCCGCUGUGGGAAUUGUGGGCGUUGAGGGCGCAGAACCAGACCUCCUUGUCCUCCUUCAACGCCACCCUCGCGAUACUAGACGUGCGACAGGCGCGCGAGGCCUUUUUUGUGGAGGUCUUACGCGCCUGGUUGAUUCUGCGUCGCUAUGGAUCUCUUCAACUCCUGGAUGAUUCUGCAUCGCUCUGGAGUUCCUCGACGCCUGGCGGCGCUGAUGAACGCGUCGGUGUCCACCAUCAGUUGCCGUGCGGCCUCGAGGUCACCGACGGCGGAGGCACGCUCACCGUCGACGUGAUCGGCUACGCCAGCCGGGGCUUCCCUGCGGCGCAGCAGCAUCUUGACGGCCCCGAGGUGGCCGCGGCAGCGAUCCAGGGCGUCGCACGCCUCCUCGGCUCGGGCUUUGCGCAGUAUAAAUGGAGAAGCGGGCCCACGCUGUCAUUGAGAGAUCGGUACAACGUGGACUCCUGUGGCUUGUCGAGCAAGCAACCUUCCUCGAACAGCCGCCGCAACAAAUAUCCUAACCGUGUCACGCUUCCGGCGAGCGCAGCCAUGGCGCGCGCUUGCGCAUACAACCCGCGGAAGAGAGAGCGGGAGAGGUCGCUGGGAGAGGAGGAGCGGUGGAUGAAGCUGGCGAGGACGGUGCCAGCGAUCCUCAUGCGCAUCGGCACCUCUCGGAAAGCGAUCAAAUCCACCAUGAAGGGCAUGAAGGCCAUGAAGGCCGCCAAGAGAGGCGAUGGCGGAGUGUUCUCCGACCAGAUGCGCCACGCUUCCGAGCACCUCGAUGGCGCCCACGGCAGGAUCGCGCGGCUCAUCGCGACGCACGCGGAGGCCGGCCACUUGUUCGUCCACUGCGCCGCGCACAUAGGCGGCCUCAAGGGCGGCGGCGGCGGCGCGCCGGCGUGGCAGGCGUGGGAAGGCCACCGCGCCGACGCCGUCCUCCACGCCAGGGACGCGCGGUGGUGGCUGUGCCGCGCCGGGGGGGCUGUCGAGGCGGCGCUGGACGUGUUCCGAGUCGUCGAGGGGAGGAGCGGGAGCGGGAGCCACCGGCCUCGGGAGGCCAAGCGCCUCCGCCGCCGCGCCCGCGACGACGUCUCCAAAGCGCUACACGCUUUGACGGAUAUGCGCCACGCUAUUGUUCUGGAGUUCUUCGACGCCUGGAUGGUUCUGAAUCAGAAUCGCUAA